UCCGGCGCGCAGCAGGCGGGGGUGGCGGUGUUGUGGCUGGGGCAGGGGAGGGCUCGGCGGGGUGCGGGGGUUGGAGGUGCAGCAGUGGCGGAGUCAGCCCGGCCGCCGCCAUGCCCGGCAUUGACAAGCUCCCUAUCGAGGAGACGCUGGAAGACAGCCCCCAGACCAGGUCUUUGCUGGGAGUAUUUGAAGAAGAUGCUGCUGCAAUUUCCAAUUAUGUCAAUCAGUUAUUUCAAGCCAUGCACAGGAUAUAUGAUGCUCAGAAUGAAUUAAGUGCAGCAACUCAUCUGACUUCAAAGCUUCUGAAGGAAUAUGAGAAACAGCGUUUUCCAUUAGGGGGAGAUGAUGAAGUGAUGACUUCUACUCUACAGCAGUUCGCAAAAGUGAUAGAUGAGCUCAGCUCUUGCCAUGCAGUACUGUCAACUCAACUUGCAGAUGCAAUGAUGUUUCCUAUUACCCAGUUUAAAGAAAGGGAUCUUAAAGAGAUAUUGACUCUAAAAGAAGUUUUCCAAAUUGCAAGCAAUGAUCAUGACGCUGCCAUUACCAGAUACGGUCGGUUGUCAAAAAGAAGGGAAAAUGAAAAGAUCAAGGCUGAAGUUAUGGAAGAUGUGUAUACUUCAAGGAAAAAACAGCAUCAAACUAUGAUGCAUUAUUUCUGUGCAUUAAAUACUCUUCAGUACAAAAAGAAAAUUGCUAUGCUAGAACCUCUGCUAGGAUACAUGCAGGCUCAGAUAAGCUUUUUUAAAAUGGGUUCAGAAAAUCUUACUGAGCAACUGGAAGAAUUUUUGACCAACAUUGGUACAAGUGUACAGAAUGUUCGCAGGGAAAUGGAUUGUGAAGUAGAAAACAUGCAACAAACCAUAGAGGAUUUGGAAGUAGCCAGUGAUCCACUGUAUCUGCCUGAUCCGGAUACUACGAAAUUUCCUGUUCAUAGAAACCUGACACGCAAAGCCGGCUAUCUCAAUGCAAGAAAUAAGACAGGGCUGGUAUCUUCCAGCUGGGAGAGACAGUUUUACUUCACUCAAGGUGGAAAUCUGAUGAGCCAGGCAAGAGGUGAUGUAGCUGGGGGACUUGUCAUGGACAUAGACAAUUGCUCUGUAAUGGCUGUGGACUGUGAAGACAGACGGUACUGUUUUCAGAUAACAUCGUUUGAUGGCAAAAAGUCUUCAAUCUUACAGGCAGAGAGUAAAAAAGAUUAUGAAGAGUGGAUAUGCACCAUAAACAACAUAUCUAAACAGAUAUAUCUAAGUGAAAACCCUGAGGAAAUUGCUGCACGUGUGAAUCAGUCAGCUCUGGAGGCUGUUACUCCAUCCCCUUCUUUCCAGCAGAGGCAUGAAAGCAUGCGGCCAGCUGUACAAUCUCGUCCUCUUGCGGCUCGUACUAGCAGUACAGGGUCACUGGGAUCUGAAUCAGCAGGUUUAUCAGCGCUUUCCUUGGAUUCACUUGUUGCACCUGACACUCCUAUACAAUUUGACAUAAUAUCUCCAGUUAGUGAAGAUUUUCCUGGUCAAACAAAAUCUUCAGGGCAAUCGGGCAGACGCACAAAUCCUUUUGGUGAAUUGGGAGGCUCAAAAUCUGAAACAGAAGAUUCAAUUCUUCAUCAGUUAUUUAUUGUGAGAUUUCUUGGCUCUAUGGAGGUGAAAUCUGAUGAAAGUCCAGAUGUUGUUUAUGAAACAAUGCGUCAAAUACUGGCGGCUCGUGCCAUCCAUAACGUUUUCCGGAUGACAGAAUCACAUUUAUUAGUCACAUGUGGCUGCUUAAAGUUAAUUGAUCCACAGACACAAGUUACAAGACUACGAUUUCCUUUGCCCAAUGUAGUCUUGUAUGCUACGCACCAGGAGAAUAAGCGCCUUUUUGGAUUUGUGCUCAGAACCUCAGGAGGGAGAGUUGAGAGCCGCCAAACUUCCAUCUGCUAUAUCUUUGAAUCAAAUAACGAAGGGGAAAAGAUUUGUGACUCUGUUGGACUGGCAAAACAGAUUGCUUUUCAUGCAGAACUGGAUCGAAAAGCAUCAGAAAAGCAGAAAGAAAUUGAUAGAGUCAAAGAGAAACAACAAAAGGAACUGAAUAAACAAAAACAAAUUGAAAAGGAUUUAGAGGAGCAAAGCCGGUUGAUAGCUGCUUCCAGCAGAUCCAACCAGAACAGUGGAGAAGGACAAUUUGUAGUCCUUAGCAGUAGCCAGUCGGAAGACAGUGAUUUAGGAGAAGAUGGAAAGAAGAAGAGAGAAUCUGAAGCCUAAGGUUGCCUACUUUAUGAGAAUUGGAAUCAUGGAUCAAUUUGGUGAAAUGGCACGAGUUCUCCAAGAAGUGAAAUGCAGGUGGAGGGUCUGCUGUGUCAUAUAAAAAACUUCACAAUACGUAGACCCUGUAAUGCCUUGAUCAUUCUUUUUCAAUUAAGUGAUUUCCAUUUUCAUGUCAGUAUAAUUUCUGUAUGACAUAUGUAGCAUGGUGAUGCUACCAUGUUUGUUGAAAAAUUACGUUUUCUCAAGGCCUUCUCUGCAGUAAGGAAAAAACUGGGGGUUUCAUCUCCACUUACCUCUCUGUGCAAUUGACUGCUCUUGAAGCAAAACUAAAAACCCUUCUUGGACCUCAACAGUACAUUGAAACUCAUUCUUUACAUGCAGUGUGGACACCACCUUGCUGAAAACAAAAAAGGAUGCCCAAAUAUGACAGUGCUAAGCUUUACCCAACUUGUUGCACAUAACUGUUCUUAAAUUUAGAAGGAAGAAUCCUUAAUAACAUCAGUGAGAUGUGCAAUAGUUCUAGAUAGAAGGAUCUUAUUUUUUGUUUCAUAUUGCACUGUAUGAUACUGUCUUGAUUUCUUCAGUGAAUAUAAUGCUGAAAGACUUCUUUCACCAAAAGUAAAAAAUACUGUCAGAGCUAGGUAGAAGAUGAGAUGAAGUUGCACUUUGCUGCAUGAGGAAUGUAUAAAGCAUUCCUUAUCAAAUGAUAAGAAUAAUGUAUAUACUCUUGUAGCACAAGUGCCAUGUUCUUGUUUUUUUUCCCCAGUAGUGUAAUGAAAAGCUGUAAGCCUUCGAGUUCACUUUUUAUAAAAUGGACUUAGGGUUGGAGGAACAUCUUGAAUUCCAUCAUUUUAAAAAUCUCAUGCAUAUGUAAAUGCCUUGCCGCCAGUACACUGCACUUACUGAAAAGGAGUUGAGGCUCUUUAAGUCUUUUUAUGGAAAUUAAUUUUACAAAUAGAAUGUACUUAGCUCUGAAGUAAGAGGCUAUGCUAAUCCUACAUCCUACAGUCAAUCCUGUAAAGUGUGUUUCAAAGCAGUAUCUGUUUACAGCUUCUAAUCUGAACUCCAUAUUCCAUACCCUAUGUAAUAUUUAUUUUGUAUAGUACUAAAUGCGCAUUCACCUUUUGCUCCAGAAGAGAAAACUUGUUUGAAGAGAAAUAUUUAUUUUUGCACUAAUUACUAUAAAUAUUAAAGUCCAGUGGAACAGAAUAUAUCUCUCUAAUAGUGGCAUGAAAAUAACAAAGUAUAGAAAGAGAAGAAUAUACUUAUACUCCAAGUUAUAACAGUUAUGAGUGUUUUACAGCUCAUUGCAGGCAUUUCUGGUGUUCAGGAAUGGAAGCAAUUUUCAGAACACCUCCUGAUCCAGCCCUUCAUAGCUGGAGCUGCUCAGUGCCGAUACAGUAUGUGAGGAAUCUCAAGACCUCUCUGCUCCAUGCCUGUAGGUGCAGGGAGGGAUCAGUGUCCUUAGCCCUCCUCAUGUGCUGGAGUGGCCCCGUGCUGGCAGCAGUUUCCUUUGGGUGCACAAGUUCCCAGCCUCUGGCUCCUGUCACAGGAGAUCAAGGGGGAGUAGUGCAGCCCUUGCAGCACUGGGCAAGAUUGAGAGAGCCGAGCUCCUGGAGCACUGCCACCUGGGGAAGGGCUUCAGCAACUGGGGAAGGGGUGACACUGUCCCUUCCUUGAGAGAGAAGGGGAGGCUGAGUCUCCACGUUCUCUUCCUGAGUCAGUUAGCAAGGCUUGCUCCAGUACAAUUUUUGUCCCCAGAGUAGCCUGUCACUUGCAGAAAUUUUGCUGUUGCCCAGUCAGACCAGAUGGCAUUUCCCUGUGGGCAAAUUUGGCUUGAAUAUUGUCACAUGGACCACACACAUCUGAGGCUUUUGUCUGAAUAAAGAGUGGCAUUUUUAUUUUGUCCUCUGUUCUCUGCUCUCAUCCAUAGGACACUUUAUAUUCUUGCCAACAAAAAGGUACAGAGGCAGCAAACCCUUUUUUUUUUUUUCCCCCCCUUUUUGUGCCUAAAUCCUGGCUUACAGAUCAUUGCAUGGUAGCCAGGUUGUCUCUGCAGAUCACUCCAGUUCAGGUUUCUCUGUUUGUCUGUUGGUUUUCACUUGCUGCUAGUUCUCUUUUCUGUCAAAUAAUAUGGCAGUAUAGCUCAAGGUUACUGGGUCUUACUGUAUCUUCCUCAGGUACAUGCUGAAAAUUAAGUAGUUUUGGAACAGCACAGGAAGAAUAGGAAAUUGGUGGUCUCCAGUUUCUAGAAUGUAGUCACCCAGCCUGUCGACUGUGUUGAGCAGUUUAGCUGCAGUAGCCCCAGCUCCAUAUGGAAGAGUUAAUAGAUUAGCAGUCUCAUCAGAAAGCACUUCUGAUGUAUAGCCUGUUUUGCAUUAGCCUGAUUGAAGAAAUGCCAGAAAAUUGAAUGGCUACAUUUUUUCUUGAAACCCACCAUUACUAUUUCAGACAUAAAUCUGUAAAGAUGAUGAAGAAAGCAGGAGAGUAAAGUUGGCAGACGAAUUUGCUGUCAUACAGGGUUUUUCAGAUUUAGCAAUGCAUGAGUGGAAUUACUCCAUUUGCAUAGGUGGAAAGCCUGAAAAGCAAUUAAAUGUAGUUCUCUAAAACCACAUACGAGUGAAGAGCGUUUUGUUUGUGUUGGAGGAUUCUCAUCCUAACAACUAAAAAAAAGGGGGAAAUGAUUGAAGAGAGUAAAAGAAAGCAGAUUAAUAUGCAUGAAUGAAAUAAAGGGGGGCAGUUUUGCUUAUUUUGGAGAGUCUCACUGGUGUAAAAUGAGCAAAAAGAUAAAAAAGCAUCUAGGAGAGUGAUGGAAGCUGCAGGAGUAAAAGGGAGGUCAGAAGAGAUGAGGAGGUUAACAGGAGUGGUGCACUGAGUGUGCAUUGCCAAGUUUUUGCUUAAGGGGAGGAGCAUAAGACUCUUAAGUAGAACCACCUCAGGGCAAAAAAUAGCUGCUGAGGUUUUAUUCAUGCCCUCCUCCCCAGAGUAUUUAGUACCUUAUUUCCUGUGAGGUUUAGAACUACAUCAUUGGAGAACGCUUUUGUUAAUUAAAACCAAAGUGCGUAAUAUUUUUCUUGACAGUAUGACUUUUAUUAUCAGCCCCUCAUGUCCUCCUGGGAGCUACUGCGGUAGGAUUUCAGCACUUGAGUAUUUUAUUAAGUAAAUUACUGGUUGGUUUCCUCACCUCUGAUUUAUAGCUCCUGUCUAAUAUUGCCUUUUACUUACAGAUUGACGUCUCAAGCACUUUGAGCUGAAGUUGUAGUUUGCAACAUGUACACCUACUAGUAUUUCAGACACACCUGAAAAUACUCUUUCAAGUACCUGAUUUUAAAGUGACUUUGCAUUGGUACUGCAGCCACAGUGUUGUUGAGGACUAAUUUUUUAUGUUGCUAAUUGAAGCCUUGUAGUUCCUGCCACAUUUUUCCCCUUAGGUAAGGGGAUAUUGAGUUUGUUACACUAGAUAAAUUUACAUGCUGCAGACCAAGCAAGUCUUGCUGCCCAUUGUUCCAAGCUACAUACAUUCUUCAUGUAUGUAAUGGCAUGAAUAUAGCAAAAGUAUGCUUAUGGGUAUGCAUUUUAUUGCAUUAUAGAUAAUAUGCAGCACUCCUCUGCAGCCACUAACAGCUUUCUCCAAGUUUAAAUCAGAGGACAAGUUAAGAGUCAUAUGCAGUGUAGUCAUACAUAACUGGUUUUGAGCAGGUAGUUUAAUUUGAAUAUGAUUGUCGUGUCAUACUUCCUUCAUUUGUUUAGGUUUGAAAUUGUAUGAAGACAAUUUACUGUCUAACAGUGAAAUAAUAUUUAGGACUUAAGGAACAUUCCCCCUCUAGCGUGCUGUCAGAUUUCAUCUUUAUAUAGAUGUAAACACUGAGCUAAAAAUUUUGCAACAGCUGAAGCUAUUUUUGGACCUAUAAUUUAUGUACAUUGAUAUAAAGAAGCAAAUGUGCCUGCACGUAAGUUUAAGGUAAAAUCUGAUCAAUUAGUUGCACAGAAUUUGGGAGAAGCCAAUGGAGAAAACUAUGUUACAAUAUAGUCUCUUGUUAUUUCAGAAAUAAUUCACAUACAAAACGAAAACCUGCCUCUGCUUAGUGAAUUUAGUAGAGAUAUUGUCUAGUCUAACAGUGAGAGCUGGUAUUUUAUACUUUCUGCUGCUCUAUUUUACAGAAUCUCUUGCAAGUCAAUCAAGGCCUCUGAGGCUUUUCUUUUUAUCCCAGCAGUAAGUUGAUUUUGUUUUCCUUGCCACAGUGGUAUCUAAGUUGUCAUGACAAGAACAAGUCAGUGUGUCAUUGUGAAUGCACUUGUAUUCCUAAUGAAGUUUCUAUUGCAAGCCAAGGAUUUUGUACUAUCUUUCAGGUCAUUUUUAUAAUAGAGUCUUCAAAUUCUUACAAUGAUAUUCUAGAUUGGUCCUGUUCUAGUGAAGUGUAAGUGAUUUUUGCAAUGUUUGAGACUGACUUGCACAUUUUCCCAGAAUAGCUGUAUUAAAAACCUCCAGUGGCAUAUUUGUGUCAACUUUGAUUGUUGUAUAAUCUUGGAAACAUGGAUAGUAAACCUGCUGUGCCAGGGCUUCGGUCGUGUUUUGUGGAUUAAAUAAAAGCUUAACUAUAGGAAAUUUCUGGGUGGGAUUUGUACUAACCCAAAAACCUCCUGCAUUUUUCAUAACACUGACUUCCAGGAAGUUAUUGGUGAUAGAAUGUGUUCCCUUCCUCUGAACAGUUUUAACACACAGUUAUAUUGCUCUGUUGUCAAAGUGUAUCUGCUCUUAAUUCUAACCAUAUUAGGCAGAUAACCUCAGAGGAAGUUAUUGUACUUGGGAAUGCUGGUAACUUAUUGUUGCAACAGUCAGAAACUGAACGGUAGAAGAAUAUUAUUAAACAUCGUAGCUGCCUAUUCAGUGCACAUGUUGGUGUGGUCAUCUGAUAAGGUGUAGCACUCUACAGAGCUGUGGUUAUAAUGGUCAGAAUUCACAUGUACAGAGGCUUAUAUAUACCAGCACAACCAUUAACAUGGGUACUGAUACAUAUCUUCAUGGGCUUUGUUAGUUUAUUGUAUGAUAAACACCAUGUAAAAAGCAAACGGUCAUAACUGCAUUAUGGUUAAAUUUGUAUUUUAUAAGGUUUGUAGAUUUUUCUGGGGAAAAGCAGACUUUUGGAUUAUGUAAUUUCUGUGAUAAAGAUGCAUGUAUAACUAGAAAAAAAAUAUAUGCUUACUUGAUAAUGAAGGAAUAAAUACUACUCAUGCCAA